GUGUUGAUGACGCAAUUGCGAUCUGCAUGGCUCUGCAGCUGGCGGAGAGGUCAAAUUUUGAGCUUAAGCUCAUUACGACCUGCUUUGGAAAUUGCUCCCUGGAGCAGGUGACGGUCAACGUGGCAAAAUGUCUCGCGGCCGUGAAGCCUGCACAGCGGCCGCUGGUUGCCAACGGUGCUGCGCAUUGCCUUGCUGGCACCGCCAUCGAUGCCAGCCACUUCCAUGGCCAUGACGGCUUAGGCGAUGCGCAGACGCCGGAGCCUCCGGCGGAGCUGCUGCCAGGAACCGGGGCUCCAGGGGCCGUUGCCGAGCUGCUGGCCUUGGCUCAGCGGGCGCGGCACGAGGGCGCAGAUCUGAUCUUGGUCACCCUGGGUCCCUUGACGAAUCUGGCUCUGGCUCUUCGAGAGAACCCGAAGCUUCCGGAAAUGCUCACUGAAGUCUUCGUCAUGGGUUGCUGCGGCAAUGGACGAGGCAACCAUGGCCGUGUUACGGAGUUCAACGUGCAUGCCGAUCCGGAGGCUGCGGCCGAGGUCUUUGCUGCGUCCUGGGAGCGGCUGACGGUGGCAUCCUGGGAGCUGACGGUGCUGGCGACAGUGCCCUGGCCGCGCUUCGACAGGCUGCUGGCCUCGAACUCUGAGGUUGGCAAGUUCCUUGCUGCCAUUGCCCACCUGCCUUACGUGCGAGACCCAAGCAAGAUCGAGAGAGGGGGCCUUGCACUGCUACGUGUCUUCCUCUUCCGCGCCGCGCGCAAGGACAUCGGUGAGGUUGUGCAACGUGAUCCUAUUUGCAGCUCGAGAAAGAUGAUAUCUUCGAACUCUGCUGGAUCGGGGGAAGUGGAGGACGAGGGGACCACUGAACGCGCAGGAGCCCCCCUCACCCUCGCCCUUCUCCAACAAGCUUUGCAGGUGAACCAACAGCAGAUCACUGACAGCAUUCAGGAAUCGAUUGCGGGGAUUGGUCACCGCGUUGCCCAGGUGGAAGCCAACAUGGGGGAACACGUGAAGCGCACCACCGAACUUCUCGACGCCAUGACCGACCGCCAUGUUCACAUCGAGCAGACUGUUAACCGGGUGGCCUCGGGACAUGCUGAGCUCUCCCGGCGCCUUGAACUCCUCGAGGGCAAGUUUGCAACAGCAACUUUCUCCACUACGAGCACCACUCGCACAGACGGAAGCACAGAUUCCAACCCGCGACCCGCCAUUGUGGUGGGUGGUUGGGAUAACGACCAAGGCGGGGACGAAACAUUGCGUCUCGUGAAACAACACUUGGAAGAUUUGCAAUGCAACCUGGAUCUUCAGGAUGCCUUCGUCCCAGGCAUUCGUCGCGGUUUCGCUAUUGUGCCUAUCGCUCCUCGACCCCAAGAAGAUGUUCCAGAUUACCGCCGCCGUAUCAGAGAAGCCCUCCAAAAAAUCCGCGAAGCAAAGAUCAUCACUGGGGAAAAGCCUCAAGGCGGGGAACGCUAUCUCUGGGCGGCCAUGAGCGAAAGCCCGGAACGGCGCAAGCGCGCUCAAUUCGCGGGGAAGAUCAAGCGCCUCGUGCUCGAGGAAUCUGGGGACAGGAGCCAGUUGGAGGUCGAGUUCGGGACCGGCAAUGUUUGGUAUGGCCGGGUCCGGGUGGCUUCGGCUGUUCUUACAGCGCCGGAGGAAGCGGACAAAGCUGGAGUGGGAUGGGUUUCGCUCCCCACCCUCGCCCGCCAAAUGGGCACGUCGCUGAGCUCGUUGACCACCAAAUGGGACGAGCUCAAGAAGAUUUUGACUUGGAACGUUGGAGGCCUUUCACCCGACAAAGCCCUCCAGCUUCUUGAAGACCUUCGUAAAGAACGAAUUCACCCCUUUUCUGACCCCUUCGUCGUGCUCCUCCAAGAGGUGAUUGUCGAUGAGGGCAAACUGAACUUUGAGAAGGGCGAACUCAUGCUGGAAUUCCUCGACAAGCUCCACAUGAAGUUCCCCUUCCAGGAGAUCGAUCAGGCCUCCUAUUUCCCAUACAACCAGAACAUGCAGGAACGACGUCUCGACUAUAUUUGCACUCGCCGACUUCUUGCUGACACAGGCGAAGUUCUACCGUACCGUGACCUUGCCAGGAGCGACCAUGAAGCCAUCGUGGUCCCAGUCCUGACCGAGAUCCCCAAAGCGAAACCCAGCCCACCGAAAACGUGGGGGACGCGGAGGCUGAAGGCCCCCACCAAAGUAGCCGAGAUGCUGGCAACCUACGAGAUCACAGCCACCGACCCUGUGCAGCUCAUCGCCAACAUCGCUCGGCAAAUCACCGUGCCCGGGAAGCAGAUUGACAUCUUCCGCGAGAGCAAGCACACAAAGCGCCUACGACACCGCAUCCUCCAGAUGGCCCCGGGGGACGAGCGGAAGCAGAUGUGGAAGAUGCUGGCCAAACAGCGACGCGAAGAACACCGGACGUGGCAGGCCCAAAAACUCACACAGGCGGGGAAGGCCCACUGGCGGGAAAAGCAAGCAGUAGACAAUGAGAAGCACAACAACGCUUGGGAGCUUCGCCUUCGGAGUGACGACAGGUGGCGCGAAACCCUGGUCAAGCACUUUGGGGGGAUCUUCGACAAGUCAGACAGCGCUAUGGUGGACCUACGCUUCGCAGUGAUCCUUCAUCGCAUGACAGGUCGAUGCAAAUUCGCCCGAUGGCAACCUUUCACGGAAGAGGAGCUCAAAGCAGUGCGAAAACGAUGGAAGAACGGCAAGGCAUGUGGGCCCGAUAGCAUUUCUCAUGAGGCCCUGAAAGUUCUCGAGCAGGACGAUUAUUGGCGGGGACAACUCCUUCAUGUUUUCAAUGACAUGUUGUACACUGCCAAAAUCCCUGCCAACAUAGAGAAUGGGGUCACGGUCCUGCUCGCGAAAAUUCCCUCGCCGGGGGACUGGAGCGAUACAAGACCUAUCACCCUCAGCUCGACCCUGCUCCGGUCUUUCUCGCAGCUGAUCAUUGGCCGCGCCUCCCACUGUGUGCUC